UGACACCUCAUCAGGUGAGAUUGUACAUUCAACCAUGGACUAUGCUCACCAAAGACGAGUGCUGCGCUCCGAUACAUUUUGAUAAUUGCUUCGGAAUAUUAAAUUGACUUGUGGUGAAUCAUGAGAGAGACCCCGAUUGGAAUAUGUACUCAAAAUGAAUUGCUAUGAUUGACUGCGAACAUGGAUAUCCAAACGAGGUUUUCCGCUUGUUGGGAGAGUUGUCUCACAUAUUUUAAGAAAUCUCCUACGAAAGGUGACAAGAAAAGCGAACCAGUUGUCAUUGAAAACCCUGGCGCUGCCCAAAGAAACCAAGACAAGCCAAAUUUGAGCAACCACUUUGUUAAUGUCAAGAAUCGUUAUGUCGCACUUUAUGACUACUCUGCUCGUACCGAGGAGGACUUAAGCUUCAACGCAGGUGACCUUUUGGAAGUUCUGAAUAAAAAUACCCAAGACUGGUGGUUUGCAAAAGGGCUCAUCGGACUUUCGGCGUCCAAAGAAGGCUAUAUCCCCGCAAAUUAUGUGGCGCCGUUGGAAAGUAUCAAUGCAGAACCCUGGUAUUUUCCGGAGACAAAAAGGGCGGAUGCAGAGAAGAUGUUGUUAACAGGACAGAAUCAAGAAGGAGCCUUCCUAAUCAGAAACUGUGAAACCCAACCAGGGGAGCUCUCCCUCUCAGUGUUGGACCAUGGAAAGGUGAAGCAUUACAAACUAAAAAAAACAGAAGACGGUCACUACUAUGUCUCAAGGACCAAAGUAUUUGACACGUUGAAGAAGUUAGUGAAGCACUAUUCCGAACAAGCAGAUGGCCUAUGUGUGUGUCUGAAACAACCAUGUAAAAAGAUUGAAGCUCCACAGACUAAUGGUCUAUCCUAUAACACUGUGGACCAAUGGGAGAUUGACCGGAAUUCCAUCAAGCUCCUACAUAAACUAGGAGCAGGUCAGUUUGGAGAGGUUUACGAGGGGCUAUGGAAUGACACAACAGCCGUUGCUGUGAAGACCCUAAAACCUGGUACCAUGGAUGCAGAUGAUUUUCUCAGAGAAGCUCAAAUCAUGAAGAAACUGAGGCAUGCCAAGCUAAUCCAACUUUAUGCUGUCUGCACCAUGGAAGAACCCUUCUAUAUAAUCACUGAGCUGAUGAAGAAUGGCAGCUUGCUCGAAUACCUCCAAAAGGACAAGGGUACCAAACUACAGCUCACUGACCAGAUUGAGAUGGCUGCUCAGGUGGCAUCUGGUAUGGCUUUUCUGGAGUUGCAGAAUUACAUUCACAGAGAUCUAGCUGCCAGGAAUGUGCUGGUAGGAGAAAACAACAUAUGCAAGGUGGCCGAUUUUGGUCUCGCCAGGGUCUUUCAGAAUGAAAGAGUGUAUGAGGCAAGAGAAGGUACCAAAUUCCCAGUGAAAUGGACUGCUCCUGAAGCCAUCCACCACAACUUAUUCACAAUCAAAUCUGACGUUUGGUCAUUUGGUAUUCUGUUGUACGAGAUCGUGACAUUUGGUAAAAUGCCAUACCCAGACAUGACAAACUACCAGGUUGUCCAACAAGUUGCCCAAGGCUACAGAAUGGCACGCCCAAUCAAAUGCCCCCAAAUCAUGUAUGACAUAAUGAUGACAUGCUGGAAUGAGAAUGAACAGGACCGGCCCACAUUUGAGACCUUGCAGUGGAAGUUGGAGGACUUCUUUGACCUGCGUGCCACUUCCUACGAUGACACUGCAAAAUAUUAGCAAUAUGAGCUGAGAACUCAAUAAUACAUUUAAAAGAAAAUCACUUGAAUCCAUACAUACAUUGGAUAUGUAUUUUGAAAUUUCCUUAGUUAUCUUUAGAACCUGAUUGACUUUUGAUGUAAUACUGUGACAUCCUGGGAGGAAACUGUCGCUGUAGUCCUCCUGGUUUUGUGUUUCGACAGCGGAACGGGUUCUGCUUUCAGCAAAGAAGUAAAUAUAGUCUACAAAUAUCUCGAUGAACCAGUUGUACUUGCAAUUCACCUUAGCUGCAUUCUUUCCACUUUGUGACCUGCUGUUCUUUUAACAAUAUAUGACAAUGAAGGAAUCAUACUUACAACAUCUUACCUCAGCUGAUUGCAUGCGAUCUUAAUUCUUGAAGAUUCAUGUACAGUAACUGUAGUCUUUUUAAACAUACAAUUAGAAAACAUGUUUCUUGUUGUCAACUUUUGUGUGUCUGGAUAUCAGCGGGUGUCAUUUCUUUGCUGUACUGAGCAACCUGAGUAUUCUUUUCCUAGUUUCUACUCUAUGGUAUUGCAUAUGAUUUGCAAAUAUAAUUGUGUAUCAUUUUAACAAAGUAGAUUAGUGGACCCCGUCGGUAAUUUUGUACAGUUUAACAAAAGUUUAAUAUCAUGAAGUGAUUAUAUACUAAGCUAUUGUUUAGUUAAUCUUACUGAAUUUUAUGUUGAAUAAAAUAAGUUAAUUAAAUAAAAUCCUGAAAUUGC